UAAAGGAUUUAUUAAGUGAAAAGACUGAAUCCAACCUUUUUAAGUCCAAACGCUCACGUGGAGCUUUUCAGUGUGUUGCUGCCCCCUGUUGGCGGUAGGUGUAAUGGUCCUCAUGACAACGUGCCAACUAAUACAAGCUGCUUCAUGCCAUUAGGUAACUUUACAGAUUUUCUUACUAACUAUUUUAGGCACCACUAUUUGACCCAAAACAUGUUCACUGGAUGUUUUAACUUUUUUUCUUCCCAACAUGAAGAAUGUUCAAAUCUAUCUAAUAGUUUUUCAUCCAGGAAUUUUAUAGUCUGAAUAUAAAUAGAAAACGUGGAUCGUGACAUCAUAUAAUUGAAAAGUAAUGCUAAAUAUGCUCAUACACGCCCGAGGAAAGCAGUAGUUUGAGAUGAGCUGAUCCAACGUGAUCCGACAUGAAGACCAAAACACAACCUCACGUAUCAGAUCGAAUCAGGCUGCAGGAAUCAUGAGGCGGGCGAGUCCUAACAGAGGAAAACUCUCAGAAGCAGGUCAUCAUUCUCAGAUUCUUCAGCUCGGUUGAAGUCGAUCCGCUGCCGGUCGGACUUUAACCCCUCGGCCUGACGUUAUUGGAACAAGUAAGUAAACAUGGACUUUUGGUAUGACUACCAACACAUCGUAACAGUUCAGACAGAAACUGAGUGGAAUCAUCGAUGCUCAAACAGCUUGAUUUCUCAAAGAUCUGGUUAUCACUAAACUAUUUAGUCUCUAAUGCUAAAAGCUGCAUAGAGUAUAUCACAUUGUACGCUUUUAAUUUGUUCUCAUAAGACGUGGAGUUUCUCCUCUUGAGAAGCGACUCAAAAGCAACAAGUCUCAAAAGUUGUACACAGUCUAAAAAUGGCAAGGGCGUAAAUAUGGGCGUGUAGAGUGCAGGAACAACAACGGGACUGUGUACACUUUCAGACACUUGCAGCUUUAGCACAUGAAGCAUUGACUUCUAUGCAACCAGAGGAGUCACCCCUGGUGGUCAGGAGAGAUAAUGCAGCUUUAAAACAUGAAGCAUAGACUUCUAUACAACCAGAUGAGUCGCCCCCUGGUGGUCAGGAGAGAGAAUGCAGCUUCAACACAUGAAGCAUUGACUUCUAUGCAACCAGAGGAGUCACCCCUGGUGGUCAGGAGAGAUAAUGCAGCUUUAAAACAUGAAGCAUAGACUUCUAUACAACCAGAUGAGUUGCCCCCUGGUGGUCAGUCGAGAGAAUGCAGCUUUAACACAUGAAGCAUAGACUUCUAUACAACCAGAGGAGUCGCCCCCUCGUUGUCAGGAGAGAUAAUGCAGCUUUAACACAUGAAGCAUAGACUUCUAUACAACCAGUGGAGUCACCCCCUGGUGGUCAGGAGAGAGAACGCAGCUUUAACACAUGAAACAUAGACCUCUAUACAACCAGAGUAGUUGCCCCCAGAAUCCUUAUUCAGGGCUCCAGACUGCGACCAAAUGGUCGCAUUUUGCGCCUACAAUUAGACACAGUGCGAGUAAAUUUUUCAUCAACUCGCGCAUGCGCGACCAGUAAAUUAGCAGAUUUUUUUAUUUUUAUUAUUAAAUAUUUUUGUUGCUGACAAACUUGUUCUACACUUCAGCCCACUAUAGUUAGCGGUAAUGCCUGAAUGACUGGUUUGCUAACCGACAUUAACUCCAGAAGAAGAAAGGAGACGAAAACCGAAGAAGAAGGCUGGCCUGUGUGUGAGAGCGGGGGGGGGGGGGGGGGACCACGGUUAUAGGCUAAUGCACAGGUGUCAAACACAAGGCCCGUGGGCCGAAUCCGGCCCGCCGCAUCAUUUUCUGUGGCCCCUGACGGCUUGAAAGACACGUGAUCCCCUUUUCUUUAAGAAAUGGAAGAAUAAUUGCCCGUGCUUUUAUUUUGAAGGUUUCAAAUUAAAUGGAUUUAUGUUGUAAUAUUAGAGACAUUUUCUUAUGUACAAUAUUUUUACCCUCAAAUAAACAAUAAUCAAAUGCAAAGAGAGAUAUUUAACAAUAUGUUCGAGGAGUUUAUAAAGUGUUUCCGGCCCUUUAAGAGGGCGGCCAUGAUGCUGAUGUGGCCCACGGUGAAAAUUAGUUUGACACCUCUGGGCUAAUGUGUGAAAAGAGGCGCAUCGCAACGGAGGGCUGCAGAGUGAGAGGUCCACGAGGGGAUCCUCACCACCGAGCGGCGUCCCCGUCCCCCGAGUUGAAUCUCUGGGUCAACUCAGCCGACUCUCACAUGUCUGCCCCUAUAGACUGAUGCUCACGGUAAACGCAUUCGAUCAGGAGCGCGCGAGGGUUUUGAUAAAGUUAGCGGAAGGAUUUAAGUGACAACAUCCGGUUUUGCAAAGUUAGCGGAAAGAACCACGUGAAACAACAUCCGUUUUUCAAAAUAAGAUGUCGACAAAUCAUACACGAACAUAUAAAAGUAAACAAUGAACUGAUUUUGUAUCUUUAUAGAUCGUUUCUGAGAUUUAGCUUAAAUUAUGCUAACAUUAAAACAUUUUUACUGGACCAAGGAAGAGUUUAUAAAAAUUAGUCAGUCUAUUGUAUGUUAAGAAAAGUCCUGUAUAUAGAUUUCCCCAAGAGUUCCAGGAAAUGAAUAAUGCAGAUGUGUUCCAUACAUAUCUGAAAUCCCCUACAAUAGCAAUCAAACAAUUUUAAUAUUUCAAUUAGGACAUUUUUCAAAGUAAAAGUCCUAAAUGUUUAAAGAAAUCGGUAAUUUAUUUAAUGUUUGAGUUGCUUUAUAUAUGUAUUUCCUCAUAGUCCUCAUAGCAAUAAUGCUACACAAUAAAUAGAAUGCUUCAAUCAACACCGUGAUCGGUGAUCGGUAUUAUCGGAUCGGAAGAUACUGAUUUCGGUGAUCGGUGAUCGGUAUUAUCGGUGAUCGGCAGAUACUGAUUUCAGUGAUCGGUGAUCGGCACCAAAAACCUGAUCGGUGCAUCUCUAGAAACCAAUAAAUGUUUUGAUUGGCCACAUCGAAGUGCAACAUGCACAUGCUCAAGGUAUGUUUUCUCUUAAAAUAUGUUUAAACUCAAUACAGUAACUUCUGAAGAGUUCUCUGUUGUGAAUGUUUUGCAGUUCAUGAAGGCAAACAGGCAUAAGAUUGUAUAUUGUCAAAUUAUUUAUCAGUAAUACAGUAAAAAUGAUGGGGAAACUUUGCAAGUCGAUUUAUAGUGUGCGCCCCUAAAUUUUCUGCUUGCGCCCCUAACAUUUUAAGUUAGGGGCCACUGUGCUCCUAGUAAAAAAAGUUAGUCUGGAGCCCUGUUAUUGGCAGGUGAAGGAAUGGGAGACAGCCAACAGGAAAUAUGUCAGUGCCAAGAUUUCAGUUCACAUCAUAGUCAAGCAAAAACAAGAAGCACAUCACAUAUGCAAACAGGAAACUUUACAUUACUGCACGAAAGUGUGUGGGAAAUGGCUGAUAAUAUACUGCAUUGUUAUUACUAAAGGAUGUAAUGGUGUAAUAAAUACAUAUGUAUUAAUAGUUUUGGCUUCUAUUCUGUCUCCAGAUGAAGCUGUCGGUGUUGUUGCUGCUGGUCCUGCCGGCUCUGUCUGCAGCCGCUCUUCAGGAGAACUCACAGUUCAAAAAUUUCUCCAUACAGGAACUGGCGCCAUGGGACAGGACGCCUUACAUCACCUCCAACACAACGAUGGUAACUCAUCGAUUCCGUCCAUCUUCUCGUAUGUCGAGACGAAGGAGGAGACAGGCUGAAGCCUCCACCUUGUUUGACGGUAGUCAAAACCUGAAGUGGGUGAUGUGGGACGGCUCUCUACCCGAUGGAGUCGUUUCCAUUCAAAACAACUACGCGGACCGCGUGGACUACAUCUGCAAGUACAAGUGCGAAGCCGGUUUCUACAACCCCAGCCAGGGUAGUUACUGCAACUACCCCUAUGGUAACAAAGAGUACGCAGCCUUCCAGUUUGAGGUCUUGGUGAACAGAGACCACUUUGAAUUACUGGAGUGGAAGGACGGCUCCGGUGGGUCGGUGCCCGGACACUCAGUCAAAACGUGUUCCCACGAGUACGUAUAUGUCGGAAAGAAUAAAUACGGUCUUGGGAAGGUCCAUACUAAGCACAAGGCGUUCUUCCUUCCCUGGAAAGGUUCGGAGUAUUACUACAAGUCCUACAUGGUCCUGACCUUUGACAGAGAUGUAGUCAGCGAGGAAAUCUCUGACAUCAAAUACAACACCGGUACAAGUGUGUUUAAGUAUCCCCCAGACGCCUUGUUUACCACUAAAGUCAUCAACAACGAGUGCACUCCAGUCAUGAAGACGCCCACUCUAUCAAUGAUGUCUGGGAGAGAGAGCCAGUGGGACAUCAGCGGUUCCAUCAGGGUUGGAAUCGCCACGACCUUCAAAGGGGGAAUCCCAAACAUCAUUUCUGGAGAAAUUGAGGUCAGCUCCGAUGUGUCCUUCACAUUCUCAGGAGGACAAACUAAGAAAGAGGAGUUCUCCUUCACUAUCCAUUUGCAGGUCAUGGUCCCACCAAAUCAUUACUGCAAUGUCCAAAUGGUGAUGCAUAAGUACAAGGCCGAUAUCUCUUUCACCGCACGCCUGAGUCGCCGAUACAGAAACGGGAAGAUCUCUGAGACGUACGUCACCGGGACAUGUCACGGCGUCGAUAAUCGAGAUGUUAUGGCUUUGGUGGAGCGAUGUAGACUCGUUCCCGAUGCCGAGCCGUGUCCCGCCAGGAGUCGGUAAGGCGGUUCAGUGUUGAGCUUUUUAUAAAAUCACAAACCAUCAGGACCCAAUUCACAUUCUCGGCUACUUGUACUCUUAUUUCCAUAUCACUGUAUACAUCUUGAACAGGUAAACCAGCCAUGAUAAAAAGAUAUACUUACUUUCUUUCAUGCGUGUGUUGUUGAAAAGUCAUUGAUAUGCAUUUUAGGUGGGGUUUUUUCCUACGCAUGUUUUUUUUGGACAUACUUGCUGGCUUUUCAUAGAAAGAGUGAUAGUCGCUCUGGUAUUCGCUCUGAUAGUCGCUCUGGUAUUCGCUCUGAUAGUCGCUCUGAUAGUCGCUCUAUUAGUCACUCUAUUAGUCACUCUAUUAGUCGCUCUGCUAAGCGCUCUGGUGGUCGCUCUGGUGGUCGCUCUUGUGAUCGCCCGUGUGGUCGCUCUGUUGGUGGCUCUUGUGGUCGCUCUGGUAGUCGCUCUGGUGGUCGCUCUUGUGAUCGCCAUUGUGGUGACUCUUGUAGUCGCUCUUGUAGUCACUCUGGUAGUUGAUCUGUUUUUCGAUCUGUUAGUCUCUCUGGUCGUAGAGGAUAAAAUGUGUGCACAAUGUUUUACAAAGUGUUGUGUGAUCACUACAUAUCCGCCUUCAAGGUACCAUGUGCGUUGUGUUUUCUGGUUACUGUUGAUAUGAUGUACUAAGUUCCUUGGUAAGAAGUACGAUAAGAACUCUUGUUGGCAUUGUGACGGCAAUACUCUUUUCUUCUCAGUGUUUCCCAUGUUGUAUUCUUCAUUUUUUUCCUAAUCAUUUAGUAAUGAAUCAAUGAAUACUAAUUGUUCUAUAUUUUUAAGGUGACAGACCUUUUUGGAUUGGUUGGCAGGGAAUAAUGUUGAGUUAAAAACCAUGAUGUACGAUAACUCAGGUCUAUUUAUGUUUAGUUUCUGUCUGCAACUAAAAUACCAAAUACAGUGUGGACUGCAAAUCUAUGCAGUCAGGUAUCUAGAUAAUCAUUAACAGUUAAUUCUCUUUAUGUGCAUCUUAAAAUGCAACAAAAUGCUACAAAACUGCUACAAAAUGCUACAGUAGUUCAAUCAGGAGAGAAUUUAACAAUAAUAUAUCACACAUACAUAACAUUAGAACAGUGCAAGGUCUUUGGCCAUUUAGACUAAUACAUAGAGACAAUGAAUGAAAAGGAGUUUAGAGUCUUCCUGACUAUGAAAGGAAUCCAGGUACCUUUGUCUUCCAGUCCAGUUUGCUACUUACAAGACUUUCAAAUAAUUGUAUUGGUAUUUAUUCAUCUCUUAACCGGUAUUUAUUCAUCUCUUAACCCUUAUUCUGGAUAAUCCCAUCGACAUUUUGAAUUUAUUUGACAAAGUUAAACCAAUGUACAUUCAAGCAAACUUGCAUAGCCUUCGGUAUCUCGCCUGAGGACCCUUUUAAGGGGCGGCUUUAGCUCAGUGGGGUAAGAGGGCCGUCCUGCAACCGCAGGGUUGUGGGUUCGAUCCCCGCUCUCCCCAUUAGUUGCAAGUCGAAGUGUCCUUGAGCAAGGCACUGAACCCCCAGUUGCUUCCCGGGCGCUUCACCGCAGCCCACUGCUCCUUAAUAACUAAGGAUGGGUUAAAUGCAGAGAACUAAUUUCCCCUUGGGGAUUAAUAAAAGUGUAUAUUCUUAUA